UUAGAGAGAGAAAAUCUAGAAGAGAGCGAUUGGAGAGGAACAGGUCCGAAGAGAGAAUUCAGUGACGCGUUUACCGUCGGAUCAGUCUUUAGAGAGAGAAAAUCUAGAGUGAUAGUGAUCCUGUAUUUUAGAGAGAGAAAAUUUCGAGAGGAGACAGCCCGGGGUGACAGAUUCAGACAUAUUAAUAGUAGAGAGAUAAAAUAUAGUGAUAUGUUCAGAAUCUAGAGAGAGAAUAUCAGGAUAUAACUACGUUGUUAUCAUAAAAAAAACUAUUUUCAUUGGAGUUCUCAACUUUUGGCGACGGAAGGGAGCAGAGACCUCUCUAUAAAAAACGCCACUUUCUCUCGCUUGAUCCAUUUUUCGAGCUCCUUGCCUUAAGAAAGGUAGCUGGAGAGAAGUUAAUCGUUCUUGUACUUUAUGAGAUCAAAAUUGGUGAUUUUAGGGUCUGUUACCCUUUCUCAGAAUAGCUGCAGAAGAACAUCACAUUAUUAGGGUUUUGAUUGUUUCUCAGAUCAGAAGCAGGAGGAGAAAUACAAGAAGCAGCAAUGGAAGAAGUUGAUCACUUGGAUUUUGAGAGGAAGACAGCUGAAUUCGAUGUCGAUGCCAUGAAGAUUGUGUGGGCUGGUUCUCAACAUGCCUUUGACGUGAAUGAUAGGAUGGCCCGUCUUGUUGCGAGUGAUCCGGCCUUCCGCAAGGAUGAGAGACCUAUGUUGGGAAGGAAAGACUUGUUCAAGAACACCCUAAGAAAAGCAGCCCAUGCAUGGAAGCGUAUUGUUGAACUCCGUCUUUCUGAAGAAGAGGCUUCUAGAGUCAGGUUUUUUGUGGACGAACCUGCUUAUACAGAUCUUCAUUGGGGAAUGUUUAUACCAGCAAUAAAAGGGCAAGGCACUGAAGAGCAACAGAAAAAGUGGUUGUCUCUGGCUUAUAGGAUGCAAAUCAUUGGUUGUUAUGCACAAACUGAACUUGGACAUGGAUCAAAUGUUCAGGGACUCGAAACAACAGCAACAUAUGAUCCAAAAACGGAGGAAUUUCUUAUCCAUAGUCCUACCUUAACUUCAAGCAAAUGGUGGCCUGGUGGCUUAGGAAAGGUUUCAACCCAUGCAGUCGUCUACGCUCGUCUCAUCACUGAUGGUCAAGAUCAUGGUAUUCAUGGUUUCAUAGUUCAAUUGAGGAGUUUAGAAGAUCAUUCACCUCUACCUGGUAUAACUGUUGGUGAUAUUGGAAUGAAAUUUGGAAAUGGUGCAUACAAUACUAUGGAUAAUGGUGUUCUACGGUUUGAUCAUGUGCGCAUACCAAGGAACCAAAUGCUGAUGAGGCUCUCACAGGUCACAAGAGAUGGGAAAUAUAUGCAAUCUGAAGUUCCCAAGCAGCUUGUUUAUGGUACAAUGGUUUUCGUACGCCAAACCAUUGUCGCUGAUGCCUCAAAUUAUUUAUCACGAGCAGUUUGUAUUGCUGUGAGAUAUAGUGCAGUUCGACGUCAAUUUGGAUCACAUGCUGGAGGUCCUGAGACCCAGGUGCUGGAUUACAGAACUCAGCAAAGCAGGCUUUUUCCAUUAUUGGCAUCUGCAUAUGCUUUUAGGUUCGUGGGUGAGUGGCUAAAAUGGCUGUAUACGGAUGUAACACAAAGAUUACAGGCCAAUGAUUUCUCAACGUUGGCUGAGGCACAUGCUUGCACUGCUGGUUUGAAAUCGUUGACAACCACAGUAACCGCUGAUGGCAUUGAAGAAUGUAGGAAGCUAUGUGGUGGGCAUGGUUAUUUAUGCAGCAGCGGGCUUCCAGAGUUAUUUGCUGUCUAUGUUCCUUCUUGUACAUAUGAAGGAGAUAAUACUGUACUGUUUUUACAGGUUGCAAGAUUCCUCAUGAAGACCAUUUCUCAACUAACAUCUGGUAUAAAGCCUGUUGGAACUGCUGCAUACAUGGGGCGGCUUGAGCAAUUAAUGAAAUCUACUUGCGAUGCUUGUAGCGCUGAGGACUGGUUGAAGCCAUCUGUUGUAUUGGGAGCAUUUGAAGCAAGAUCUGCAAGGAUGGCUGCUACUUGUGCGCAGCAAAUCAGUACUUCACCCAGUCCAGAAGAUGGUUUUACUGAACUCUCAAGUGCAUUAGCAGAGGCGGCGGUAGCCCAUUGCCAGUUAAUAGUUGUUUCCAAGUUCAUUGACAAAUUACAGCAAGACAUACCAGGAGCGGGAGUAAAGCAUCAACUCAACAACCUCUGCUUUGUUUAUGCUCUCUCUCUCCUCCACAAGCAUUCAGGCGACUUUCUCUCGACUGGUUGCAUCACCCCUAAGCAAGCCAUGCUUGCGAAUGAGCAGCUCAGGUCUCUGUAUGCCCAGCUCCGCCCAAAUGCAUUAGCAUUAGUUGAUGCCUUCAACUAUACCGACCAUUUCUUAAACUCCGCCCUCGGCCUCUAUGAUGGCAAUGUUUAUCCAACAUUAUACGAGCAGGCUUGGAGAGACCCUCUCAACGAGUCUGUCGUGCCUGAAGGCUACGUGGAGUAUAUCCGCCCUCUUCUGAAGCAACAACUGAGGAUUUCAAGACUUUGAAGCUCCUUAAAAGUCCUACGCUAGCCCUCUUCUGAAGCAACAACUAAGGAUUUCAAGACUUUGAAGAUCCUUAAUUUCAAAGUCUUACAACAAUGACAUUAUCUAUUUUUUUAUACUUGGUGUUAUGAAUAAUGGUCCUUAGAUUGGUAUACUGAAGAUUAGUAAGGGAACUGUUCAGGGAAUAAUAAAGGAACGCUUUGUGGGUCUGUUGGUCUUCACCUAGGAAGAGAUAUCUCAAGAGAGAGAGAGAGAGAUUAUGUUGUGUAUUAUGAUAGAAGGUUAAGACCGUUAAGUUAAUUGUUAAUGACCAUAAUUGCUGGUUAUUGAGAAUAAAAUUUUUUCUAAGGACAA